GCGCUGGUGUGGAUGCUUCGGGAGCUCCAUUGCCCGAAGGACUUCGUCUUUUGCAUCUUGCUGCUCUACUGGAGCUACGCCAUGUGCGAGGAGUUUGAGCAAUAUGAGUUCUUUGCUGGGGUGGGCAACAUCACCAAAGUUGCCAAGGCAUCUGGGUACCGGGCUCUGCGAUUCGAUUUGAUUGACAACCAGCAGCCUGCAAGCCGUAAGAGCAAUUUCAUGGAUCUGAGUUCGGCUUCCGGGUAUGCGUUGGCCAUGCUAUGCCUUUUGCGAGCGAAACUAAAGGACUUUGUAGCUCACUUUGGCCUUAAAUGCUCCAGCUUGUGCCAAAUGAACUGUGGCACCAGCAUGCGAGCGCCAUGCUGCAGCUUGGGGUUUGACAAGUACCCGGGCGUGUUCUUAAGCAAUGUUUUAAGUGACAGGAUGUGCGCCCUCCUCCUCCUGACGACAUGCCUAGGGGGUGCCUGGACGGUUGAACAGCCCUUGGGUUCGGUGUUGGAAUUCUACACAACAUUCCGGAGAGUUGUGAAAUCCAUCUAUGACGCUGCUGGCCCUUUCGCAGUAGUGAAAGUCAAGUGGUGGAUGAUCCACUACUCUGCAAAAACACCGAAGCGACAUUAUGGUUACUCUAAUUCUGCUGUGGCAUUGGAGUUUGACAAGGGUAAGCUGACUCAGUCUGAUCGAAAACCCAAGUCUGAGAGAAUCAGAACGGCAGAUGCUUACUAUGACAAAAAGGGUGUCAAGAGGUACAAGGGCAAUUCCAACCUACGAAGCACUGAGAUAUACCCCAUGCCCUUCGCCAGAGCCUUCGUGGACAAGCUGGAGCGUCUCAAGCAGUCAGCCCAGGGGAUGCCUCAGCUACCGGAGGUGGUUCCAAGUGCUGUGGAAUGUCUCCAAAAUUGGGGCCCUGAUCAUGGACAUAGUGAUGUGUGGCAGUAUGCAGAUUUUGCAUCAGUGUUUAAUUAUUUGCGGGGAAGCCGCAAGUUAAAAAUUCUUCGCCAUGUUGAAAAGACCUUCGCCAAUGAUGAUCUGGAGAAAGAGUUAUUACAACAACUUCAGGACAUCGACGAAAAGCUCGACCGUGAGAGUGAUGUUGGGAAGGACGUCGCAGACAUGGACACCUUGCCAGCCACUGAAGAUGAACUUUGCAAAGCAGGGAAGCCCAUGGAGAAAGGUUGUGACGCCUCCACUGAGCUUCCUACAACCCUCGUAGUUGGAACACCUGUGCCGGAAACGCCGCCACAAGUGAAUGGCACCGAGACACCCAAAGCCGCCAGCACAGAUGCCGGUCAGUCACCAAAGGCUUACAUACCCAAGGGCAUGACACUGCGUCAGUUCAACCUGCGCCGCGCUGCAAAAGCCCGGAUCCACAGGAUGAUCCAGCCUAAGAGCAAGCGUCGAGAGCUUUUGGCCCCUGACUAUGUAGCCAAAGAAUGGCAGAAUGGGGAUAAGAAUGGCAUGGCGGACUUACUUGUGUCAGUCAAUUGGUCAAAGGAGUCUUUCUUCAGCGAGCUUUUGAUCAUCAUCAAACGCAAGAAGACGUACCAGCUUGUGAUCGAUGAAGGGUGGUAUUCAGAGAGUGAACUCAAAGAGUUGGGAUGGAGUCAGAAGAAAAUCAAUGGUGCCAAAGAACGAUGCCUGGCUUUGGGCGAGAGCCAUGCCAGGAGAAACUCGUAUGAUGGGGAGCUCGAGUUCUGGGUUGUGACGAAGGAAACGGGAAAACGAACUGAAGAGAGCUCGUAUGAAGAAGAACACAAGAAGCGACAGAAGGUUGAUGACAUUCCUGAGUCAGACCUGGGCAAAGACUUUGCCCACUUGGAAGCCCGAGUUCAGCGUGACCAGCUUGAGAAGGACAAGAAAGCCCAACUUCCACAGCUCAGCAAGUACCAAGAGACGAAAGAUAAGCUUCAGCGAUUCUUGCAGAGCAUGACUUCCAAGAGCGGAAAGCUUCGAGCCCUUGUCCGUGAUUUGAAAAAGGGUUAUUCAACUGCUUCUAUUUCCCCGUGCGUGAAGAGCCUCGAAGACCAAAUCUUGGCAGUGGAUACCCAGUAUGACCUUCGCCAUGAAGCUUGGGGCAAAGGGGAGGUCGACAAAUUUGCGUCCGAUGAGUGGUACAAGAAGGCUGAGGCGGCUAUGGACAAGGCAACCCUUGUGUGUUCAAAGGCUGCAGCCGAAGAGAACAAGAUCAGGAACGCGAAGAAGUAUUUUGACAAGAAGGACACCGACGAAGUGGAUGAGACUCCGCCGCCUAAGUUGCCUAAGGGUGAGCGCAAGGAGCGCAAGGAGACCCAGAAGGAACCGAAGUCCAAAAAGGACAAGAAACACAAGAGUAAGAAGUAGAUUCCAAGUUUUCUUUUGUUCAGGUAUCCCACGAAGUGUUGUGCACACUUAGCGGCUUUGCAAUU